CACCCUCAUGAAAACCACUUCUAAACAUGACAAUCACACUUAACACAAAAACAUUCUCAUGAAAACCAUGAAUUCUCCCAACACCCUCUUCUUCUCUCUCUUCCUCCUCUUCGUCGUCGUCGCUACCGGAGCGACUAAUCUCAUCAACCAAACAUGCAAAAACUCGUCGAAGAACGACCCAAACAUCAACUACAAAUUUUGUGUCUAUGCCCUCCAAUCAGCCCCGGCUAGCCGUUGUGCUAACAUAACCCGUUUGGGCCUAAUGUCAAUAACGUUAAUCAAACAUAACGUUACGGACACCAGGUGUACAAUAAGACAACUCUUGCAGGAGAAGAAGAAGUCCAUGACCGCGUUGAAGGAUUGCUUGGAGCUUUACUCGGAUUCACUCCCUACGCUUAGGGAGGCGACAACGGAUUAUCGAGCUAAGCGAUUUGUCGAUGCUAAUGAGAAAGUUAGCUCUGUGAUGGAGGCUGCAACAACUUGUGAACAAGGGUUUGAAGAUCUUGGUGUCUCUCCUUUGACACAAAGGAAUGAUCGCAUUUUUCAGUUGUCAGCUGUUGCACUUUCUAUUAUGAACGUUUUGAAUUUUCAUUCUUCUGAAUAAAUUAUAUGGAUUUUAUAGACAAGAUUGUUGUGAGAUAUUAGAUCAUUGUUCAACUACAUUCAGAGAGUUGAAAUAUAUUUUUACAAGAAAA